AUGCGACAUUAUCUUGUCCUCGUGGCAAUGUUUGGUCUUCUUAUACUGAUUCAGCACAAAUUUACUAGGAAUGCUGAACUAUUCACGACCAAAGACGAUCGACCACGGAGAAGGUCGGCCAAAGAUCAUACCUUACGUCUUGUUUCAGAAGAUUACAAAACAGGAGUGAUUCCUGCGUAUCAAUUGCCAAUAUCGAAAGCAAAAGCUAAGUUGAAAUUAACGGCUUAUACAAUCCAGUUCGGCUAUACAAAUGCACUUGACUUCAUGGGGGAGUAUUUUUCAUUCCAAUGCUCCAUUCACAACAAAAAAAUACCGCGCUCGUUACAGCACGUCAAUGUUGGUCACACGCAAAGUCUUGUUGAUAGAGUAGUGAAACGAUUGCCAGUGAAUAAAAAAGGGCAAGGAAAAGAAAUCCUUAGCGUUUGGGUCGACGCGUGUCUAGAAUAUGGAAAUACAGUCGCAGCACUGAGCAAAACGCACGCUAAAGAAUGGAACGACUUGAUCAAUACACGACUUUUAAAUAUUCGGAUUUAUAGUAAAGCAAAGGGACACGACGAAAGAAACCAAUUGUUAAUUAAUGCAGUGAUUGAUAAAGAUACCAUCAAUUUCAAAAACGAUAUUCUUAAGCUGUCUAGAAAACAACAAAAGGAAAUUUACUGUUUAAGCCCUCCUAAGGUUUUAACAGACUUAGAUAUUGCAUUCAAACCUAUCAAUAACCAUUUUAAUGACAUACUAUCGAAGCUUUUUGGUAACACUCAGUAUUGCAUGGCAAAAUAUCUUGAUGAAGUAUUAGAUCAAGUUUUGACCAUGGCUACGACAUCCCAUUUUACAGGUGCAGAUACGAAGUUUAUGUUUGACAAGAGCGUUUCGGUUAAAUUUUCGCUACUGGAGAAGUCCCUGGAGGGAAUAUGGGUUGAUAUUCCCAACAGUGUCCUACCAUCCCAUCACUCAUCAGACCCUUGGCAGUUAUUUUUGAAUAUUUUACAGUUUGUAUGGACUUGGUUGUGUGAUUUAUUGAAAAAGUGCCUUGACAAUGAGAACGAAGAAAAAAAGAAACUUAUUUUUGACGGCGUUGACUUCAACAUUUAA